AUGAAAACAGAGCUUGACGGUGACCUGGACACACUGGUGGCGGUCGGAAUAGAAGCCGAAGUGCUUUGUGAAAUUGAAACUGAGAUCGAUAGUGAACUGGACGAGGUAGUAGCGGACGGAAGGCUUAGGCUACUACCAGACGACGUAGAGCUAUCGGCCAAAGAGCUAGAGCCAACUGAAGAACUUGUCAAGGUAGCCGAAGUCAACAGCGUAGAAGAGGUAGACGUCAAGUUGAAGCUCAGACUCGAGGACGAGUUCGUAAUCGGGAAUAGCGUAGCAAAGCCGGUGGAGGUAUUUGGACCGGGUGUACUGGUUACGGGCUCAUUUGGCAGACUCGACGACGGUGUAGAGCUGGAUGUACUGCUUGGAGCGGAUGAUGGAGCUGAAGGCGACAACGUCCCCGGUAUCGACAUGGAACUCCCUGCUGACGACGUCAGGAAGGGCGACGAAGUGGAACCUGUCGAUGGCACAACGGAGGAGCUACCUACACUGGUGGGAAGAGUAGAUGAACCGAAGCUACUCGACGAGAGGGAAGUAGGUGUAGAUAGCGAUUGUGUAAGACUCGUUGACGACGGUAUCGCGGAACUGCCGAUACUGCUCGUCAGGCUCAUGAAUGUACUUGAAGAUAUGUCGGCAGAGAGAGUCGGUCCUGAAGUGGGACUAGGCAGAGACACGGUGAAGCCAUCGCUCUGCAUGGAUGGGAAAACGAAAGAGCCCCCAGUAGUUGUUGAUGUACCGGGGCGGAGGUUAGCCGAGCUACCGGAUAGGCUUGUCAACGUUGUAGGUGCGCUUGAAGUCGUUGGUACGUUCGAACCAGUUAGAGGCGCCGAAGACGUUCCGCCAGUUGUGAUUGGGAGUAUGGUAGAGCUAAGACUCGGCAGAGUUCUUGAUGAGACGACUGACGAGGUGACAGAGCUGAUGGUAUUCGAGGGCGCGGAGACUGAAGACGGCAAAAGAAUCGUAGAGAGCGUAGAGACGAAAGUAGACAGCCCGCUGCUGAUAGUGACAACGCUCGUUGACGCAGGAAACGACGGAUAA